AUGCCCAUGACCUGGAAUGACACGGCAGAUGCCAAGCUUCUUCUAGCCAUCCUAAAAACUGCAAAUGUGAAGCCCGACUACGACCGCAUCGCCCAGUAUCUGGGUCCAGAGUGUACACCCAUCGCAGCCCAACGCCGGAUCCAACGUCUGAGAGAACGCGCCUGCAUGGAACCCACCACCGCCGACGGCCAACCCGCUCUUCCCUCGACUCCUACCCGGGAUGGCGCCGGUGCCGUGGACCCUGGCUCCGCUCAGGGCACCCCCGCUUCUGUGCCGAGGAAGAGAGGCAGGCCUCGCAAAGUGAAGGAGGAGGGUGACGCUGAUGCGGAGGCGCCGGUGACUCCGAAGAAGCGAGGCCGCGCUAAGACGGUCAAGUCUGAGCAGAUGGAAGAAGAGGAUCCGCAUCCGAAGCCGGAGGAUGGUGAUGAUGGAUCUCAGCCCGUCUAUCAGAGUAUCGAAGAUGCUUACCUCAUGGAAGAAGUGUGA